AUGCUAGCUCGAGACCUAAACAAUCAAAUCUCUUUACAAAUUAUAAAGGCUUUAAUUGAAGCUUGUCAUCGAGACUUGAAUCUAUUUUCAAAGUACAUUGUUAAGAUCUUCAAGAUGAUGUUGGAAACAAAAGAUAUUGAAACAAUGGAUCUUACUUGUCAAGUGUUUGUCAUAUUUACUAGUUAUCAUGAUGGAUCAACAUUAGGAAUUGAUUCUGAGUUUACCAAAGAUUAUGAAUAUCUCUUGAAGAAAUUUGCAAGCUUUUGUUCUAAUGAUAGCAAUGAAACAACCUUUAAUUUACAAAUGAGGUAUAUUGGUCAAAAGGCAUUACAAGCAGCAGUGACAUCAAAUGCUCUUCAAGCAUCCAAUUUUAAAGUUCAACUUGAUUUAAUUUUAUUGCCCCUUAUUCAUGCAUUAUCUAACUCUAAAAAUCCGGCAAAUGCUUUAGCUCAAAGUAAUAAUGAGGAUUUAGAUAUUCGAGAACCUACUAUUGGACAUGAAACAUUAAAUGCUCAUUCUGUACAAGUUUUAGCUGCGAAAACAGUUGCUCUCUUGUAUAGCAAAACAAAUAGUGGAACAUUCAAAUUAUCACUGAAUCCAUUAUUCACAUUUAUGGAUGCUGAAGAAAAAUGGUGGCCACCUAAUUUUGUAGUAUCUAUGAUGGAAUUGGUACUUGACUCGCUUCAAUCACAACAUCGUUAUCUCCUUGUUUCAGAGAUUCUUUAUCAAUUAGAGAAUGUUAAAAAAGCAACAAAUGUAGAAAAGAAAGAUAGCAAACAAAAGUAUGCUUCACUUGUUUCUAUUUUGGAUAUCAUUCUUAACGCCAAUAUACCUCUUGUUGGUAUAUCUGUCCUUGAAGUACUUAAUACACUUUUUAUACAUCUUAUUAAAUCAGUUCAAGAGUUCACAUCAUUUAAAGAUAAACUGUCUACUACUUCAGAUAGUGAUGUACAGGAUACAUUGCAAUAUACUAUUCAAUAUGGUUUAGCACAUUGUAUUGGAGGCUUAGCAUCUCAAACCUAUUAUCUGAAUCAACUCAAUGAUAUUACAAGCUAUAUUAUUUCAAAGUUAAAAGUGAAUCACGAUACUCUAGACACAAUAGAUGGUUUACUAAUGAAGGAAUAUCGACAUGUAGUUUUAAAAUGCUUAGAUCUUGUCGCAAAGGCUUCUUCAUCUAAACAAGCACAAAAAGAAGAUACUGAAAGUGAUAAUGAGAAUACUUCUCUUUACAGUAACUUGAUUACAUUAGAUGUUUGGAUUCCUGCAUUAGAGACAAGAAUUGAAUUUGCAGAAAUUCUUGUAGACUAUCUAGAAGCUACUUCAGAAAAUGACUUUACUUUAGAACCUUAUCCAAAGGUUUAUUUGGUAAAAGACUCUAUUAUCAAACAAGCAUCACAUCAAAGAGCUGUGGCAGCUAUCGUGAUUGAGUGGCUCAUGAUGACAGGAAAUUUUUAUCGUAUUAGUAGUUUGGUAGAGUAUGCAGAAGGAUUAAAGAACGAACGUAUUCAAUUGAAUGAAUAUUCUUCUGUAUUUUUGGAUCAAGAUUCUUCUGGUGUAGAUGAAGAAAAUGAUGUUAAUCGAUUAGAAGAGUUAGAAUCUGAUAACAAUACUCUAGUUAGUGUCUUUGUAGAUAGGAAGAAGGUAGUUGAUCUAUUAUCAAAGGAAGGACCCUUAAGAGAUGAAGAUGAUACUGAUGGAACCGAUCUAGAGAAUAAACUAAUGGUUGAAUGGGGAUCAAACGUAUAUGUGAAUCAUGACCGUACUUUUAGAAUUAGAACUUCUCGUAAUUUAAAUGAUUUGAAGGCUAAAUUAACUAUCCCUUGGGCAAAAUCUGAUUUAGACCAUCAUGAACAAGAUGAAAAACAAGCUAUUCGAGUAGAAAAUCUAAAAGAAGCUUUAUCUGGACAAUUACAAAAUGAUAUGAAUCAUUUGCAGUCAUUGACUUUGAUCAGUCUUGCAAAGAGAAAUAAUGAAAUUACAAAUACGGAUAUUAGCUUAUUACUUCAAUCACUUUCUCUAGGAAAUGAUUUUUCACCGUAA